CAGAUCAACAAGCCUGAGAAGCUGGAGAGGCCAGAGAGCUGUGAUAAUGUCAAGGUGGUGGUUCGGUGCAGGCCCCUUAAUGAAAGAGAGAAGGCUACAGGCUACAGAAUGGCAGUGAGCGUGGAUGAGAUGAGGGGAACCAUCACUGUCCACAAGACAGACUCCUCCAACGAGCCCCCCAAGACCUUCACCUUCGACACGGUGUUUGGGCCAGAGAGUAAUCAGCUGGAUGUCUAUAAUUUAACUGCCAGACCUAUUAUUGACUCUGUCCUAGAAGGCUACAAUGGUACUAUUUUUGCCUAUGGACAGACUGGAACAGGGAAAACCUUCACCAUGGAGGGGGUCCGAGCAGUUCCUGAGCUCAGAGGCAUCAUUCCCAACUCCUUUGCCCAUAUAUUUGGUCACAUUGCCAAGGCAGAGGGGGAUACAAGGUUCUUAGUUCGUGUGUCUUACCUGGAAAUCUACAACGAGGAGGUGCGGGACCUGCUGGGGAAGGACCAGACACAGAGGCUGGAGGUUAAAGAGAGACCUGACGUGGGAGUUUAUAUCAAAGACCUUUCAGCUUAUGUUGUAAACAAUGCAGAUGACAUGGACAGAAUCAUGACCCUGGGCCACAAGAACCGGUCUGUGGGUGCCACCAACAUGAACGAGCACAGCUCUCGCUCCCACGCCAUCUUCACCAUCACCAUCGAGUGCAGUGAGAAGGGGGUGGAUGGCAACAUGCACGUGCGCAUGGGCAAGCUGCACCUCGUGGACCUGGCUGGUUCAGAAAGACAGGCAAAAACUGGAGCCACGGGGCAGAGGCUGAAGGAGGCCACUAAGAUCAACCUCUCUCUUUCCACCCUGGGCAAUGUCAUCUCGGCGCUGGUGGAUGGCAAGAGCACCCACGUGCCCUACAGGAACUCCAAACUCACACGCCUCCUCCAGGACUCCCUGGGGGGCAACUCCAAAACCAUGAUGUGUGCAAACAUUGGGCCAGCAGACUACAACUAUGACGAGACCAUCAGCACCCUCAGGUAUGCCAACAGAGCCAAGAACAUCAAGAACAAGGCCAGGAUCAACGAGGACCCCAAGGAUGCUCUGCUCCGCCAGUUCCAGAAGGAGAUUGAAGAGCUGAAGAAGAAGCUGGAAGAAGGGGAGGAGAUCUCUGGUUCUGAGAGCAGCGAUUCUGAAGAGGAGGAUGAAGAGGACGAGGGGGAGAUUGGAGAAGACGGGGAGAAGCGGAAGAAGCGGCGGGAUCAAGCAGGCAAAAAGAAAGUUUCCCCUGAUAAGAUGGUAGAGAUGCAAGCAAAGAUUGAAGAGGAGAGAAAAGCUCUUGAAACUAAGCUUGAUAUGGAAGAAGAAGAAAGAAAUAAAGCCAGAGCUGAACUGGAGAAAAGAGAAAAAGACUUGCUUAAAGCUCAACAAGAGCACCAGUCCUUGCUGGAGAAGCUGUCUGCACUGGAGAAGAAGGUGAUUGUUGGAGGAGUGGACUUGCUGGCCAAAGCAGAGGAGCAGGAGAAGCUGCUGGAGGAAUCAAAUAUGGAACUGGAAGAAAGGAGGAAGAGAGCAGAGCAGCUUCGCAAGGAGCUGGAGGAGAAGGAGCAAGAACGCCUGGACAUUGAGGAGAAGUACACCAGCCUCCAGGAAGAGGCACAGGGCAAAACCAAAAAGCUGAAGAAAGUUUGGACAAUGCUUAUGGCUGCAAAAUCAGAGAUGGCAGACCUGCAACAAGAGCACCAGAGGGAGAUUGAGGGACUCCUGGAGAACAUCCGGCAGCUGAGCCGGGAGCUUCGCCUCCAGAUCCUCAUCAUUGACAACUUCAUCCCUCAGGACUACCAGGAAAUGAUUGAACACUACGUCCACUGGAACGAGGACAUCGGCGAGUGGCAGCUGAAAUGUGUGGCUUAUACAGGAAACAACAUGAGGAAACAGACGCCCGUCCUGGAUAAAAAAGAAAAAGAUCCCUUUGAGGUGGACCUUUCCCAUGUUUACUUAGCUUACACUGAGGAAAGCUUGAGGCAGUCGCUGAUGAAGCUGGAGAGGCCCAGGACUUCAAAAGGAAGAUCCAGGCCCAAGACGGGUAGAAGGUGAAGGACUUUGGGGUAUCUUUAUGGAAUGGGGGAUUUACCCAGGGGAAGGCUUAAGUUUGGGUAGGCAAACUU